AGCAGCAGAAGGAAGCAGAAUUGGCCGCUGCUGCAGCAGCUCAGCAACAACAAAAUGCCGCUGCAGCUGCCCAAGCACAGCAACAGCAACAACAGUUCUACAACGACCGCAUGAUGCACCCCGCCGCUAUGACGCCUAAUAUGCAGAUAAUGGGUCACUCCGCUUACCCUCCUGGUGCUGCCUAUCCACCCACUCAACCAGAUGCAGCAGCGGGUGAUGUCAGCCAGCAUGGGCAGGUAGUGGGAGGACCUCCUGCACAGCCGUGGCCAGGUCAGCGAGGUCCUCCUGUGCCUUAUCCAACUCCGAUUGAUGGUGUGCAGUGUGGUCCGGCAUCGGUACAUCCUACGGUCUCGCAAAGAACUUCAAGAUCUGGGGAAUAUUCUCGCGACGGCACAUCUCCUGCAACGCCCCAUCAGUUCAAUCCUGGCAGUCAUCAAGGAAUGAUGAUGGACAUGCCGCCAUUGCCCGAUGUAGUCUCUGGGGAUGCACUGCUUCAUGAUGGUAAUGGCGUUAUAGAGGAUGACGUGGGGACACUAGUCGCUUCUCAGGACAAUACUGGAGAUUGGCGAAAAGAUGUGAAUGCAACCGAUAAAGAUGGUUAUACUCCGUUGCAUUACGCUGUUCAAACUGGACAAAACACAGGAAUAACUAAGCUAGCUGGAAUAAGGCAGCGAUGUAUUUGUGGCAGCUCAUGAUGGUAAUACAGCCAGCCUUGCUUAUGGCUUACUGAUUUUUGAAGCACGUCAUUUUCUUUGUCGUACUUCUUUGUUAACUGUUGUACUUCUAAAACUUGGUUUCUGUUCCAUAUGCUGAAUCAAAAUCACUCUUUUUAACAUGGAUUUUGAUGGCCUUUAGUAUUUGGGUAGCGACAUGCCGACUCUCUUCGAUAGCAAUACAAAAGCUCUUUCACUC